AUGCAGGCGGGGAUGCACUCGGUUCAGCCAGGUCUGGAUAGGCACCUGCCGCGAGGCCGCCACCGGGUUCUCCCGGGUGGUAUGAUACUGGGCCUAGAGGAGGCUUACCCCGGGUGUCACAACAACCGGAGUCCUCCCAUAGAGCCCAUAGAGUCCGGUGCUCAAUAUUUCAGUGAAAAUGACCGGAACGUCGCCCCGGUGUUGGAAAGGAUAAAGAGGACUCGAUCGAGUAGUUCAAGGCACCGGUAUAACAAGAUUGUCACAGAAUUGGGACCCGAAGAGGUGCGGUGGUUUUACAAGGAGGACAAAAAAACCUGGAAGCCUUUCGUUGGACACGACUCCCUGAAAAUGGAGGUCAUGUUCCGUAAAUUAUGCGAACGGAACUCUGGCAUGACCAAGCGCCAGGGCUUUGUGGGCAUGGAUGAAGGGUAUGAGGAAGAGAAUACAAGCGGACACAUCAAGGAUGAGGCCUACACAACUGUCCAUAGUCUGAAGUUGAGUCGUGCCCACGUGGACUGGCACAGUGUGGACGAGGUCUACCUCUACAGCGAUGCCACCACCUCCAAGAUCGCCCGCACAGUCACCCAGAAACUGGGCUUCUCCAAAGCCUCCAGCAGUGGUACGUGGCUCCACCGGGGCUACGUGGAGGAGGCCUCACUGGAGGACAAGCCCCCCCAGACCACAUACAUUGUCUUCGUGGUCCACGGCAUUGGACAGAAGAUGGACACGGGACGCAUCAUCAAGAACACUGGCAUAGAUUUAGGACACCAAGUAAACUGUCUGUGUGUGUCGUCUUUGUCAUCCGUGUCUGUGUCCAGGCUAAGAGAGGCAGUAAGGAAGAUGGAGGAGGAGCACUUUUCAGAGCUCACAGAGGAGUAUGUGGACUUCCUGCCUGUGGAGUGGCGCUCCAAACUGGCACUGGAUGGGGAUAAGGUGGACUCCAUCACCCCAGACAAGGUGCAAGGACUGAGAGACCUGCUCAACAGCAGUGCCAUGGACAUUAUGUACUACACCAGUCCCUUGUACAGAGACGAGAUCACCAGGGGCCUAACAUCAGAGCUGAACCGCCUCUACGCCCUGUUCUGCUCCAGGAACACUGAGUUUGAGGAGAAGGGGGGCAAGGUGUCCAUGGUGUCGCACUCCCUGGGCUGCGUGAUCAUCUUUGACAUCAUGACAGGCUGGGACCAGGUGAGGUUCAGUCUGCAGGAGCACCAGGAGCUGGAGGAGGAGCUGGACCUGAGAUGUGUCUCCUACGGGGAGAGACGCCUGCUGGAGCAGCUGCAGCUCACUAGGAACCGGUUACGAGAGCUGGAAGAUCAGCUUCAAGGCCUGGAGGCCUCCAAACCACUAGCACCCCCUGCUCUGAAAUUGAAGGUGGAGAAUGUCUUCUGUAUGGGCUCUCCCCUGGCGGUGUUCCUGGCCCUGAGAGGGAUUAGACCAGGGAACAGUGGAGAACAGGACCACAUUCUGCCUUGGUCCAUCUGCCAGAGGCUCUUCAACGUCUUUGACCCCACAGACCCCGUAGCCUACAGAAUGAAGCCCCUCAUCCUUAAACAUUAGAGCAACAUUACACCUGCACAGAUACACUGGUGUAGUGCUGUAGACCCCACGCCAUAUGAUGAGAUCCGGCCAACCUUCAUCAACCCACAGAAGGACCCGACGUCAGACACAGAGAGCAUCCCCAGCCCCUCCACUUCCCCUGUUCUGGCCAGGAAAUACUACGGAGAGUCUAUCGCCAGCAUGGGCAAGGCCAGCAUCCUGGGAGUGGCCAGUAUAGGGAAGGGGAUAGGAGGGAUACUGUUCUCCCGGUUCUCCCGCUCCGCGCCCUCCGGAGUGUCCUUUGGCAUCGAGGGCGGGACCCCAGAGGGAGAGGAGCCGAAGAGGACAGUCGACAGCCAAUCAGCUUACGGCCUUCCGUCCACCUUGUCCCAGUCUCCCUCCACCCUCAUAGACCCCUCAGUGGAAAUAGAGCGCAGGCCAACGUGCCGCCACCCACAGAAGACAGUCCUGACCCAGAGUAAACACACAGACUCCAUGUCCACACUCACACAAUACAGCAUCUUUAUCACCCAAAUUGAUUUUGUCCCCCCACACCAAACACAAUCACGACACGCAGGAUGAAAUAUCAAAACAAACUCUGAACCAACUAUAUUAAUUUGGGGACAGGUCGAAAGUAUUAAACAUUUAUGGCAAUUUAGCUAGCUAGCUUGCAGUUGCUAGCUAAUUUGUCCUGGGAUAUAAACAUUGAGUUGUUAUUUGAUCUGAAUUGCAAGGUCCUCUACUCCUACAAUUAAUCCACACAUAAAACGGUCAACCGAAUCGUUUCUAGUCAUCUCUCAAUCCAGGCUUCUUUUUCUUUGGACUUUAUAUGGAGAUUGGCAACUUAGCAUUCAUAAUAAGGUGCAUCACCACAACUGACCUCAAUUCAUCUUUCAAUCACCCACAUGGGUAUAUGUUCCUAAAAACCAAUGAGAAGAUGGCGCGUGGGUAUAUGCUUCUAAAAACCAAUGAGAAGAUGGCGCGUGGGUAUAUGCUUCUAAAAACCAAUGAGAAGAUGGCGCGUGGGUAUAUGCUUCUAAAAACCAAUGAGAAGAUGGGAGAGGCAGAACUUGCAGCGCGUUCUGCAUCACAAAUAGAAUCAACUUUUAUUUUAGCGCCUGGCAACGCAGACGCUUGUUGGCAGUAUGGGUGCAAUGAUUGAAUAACAUGUAUGUGUACAUUUAUUUUGCAAAGCAUGUGACGCGUCUGGUUUGGGCAUGGUGUAAAAUGUGUCUUUGGUUUAAUAAUUGAAUGGUGCUGUGUGGCAAACUGUUUGUUUUUGUUAUGAGGUACAUCUUUGGCUCCAGUGAGUGAGGAACAACGGCUUGACGUUCAGAUGACGCUCACACAAUGUCAGUAGGACAUUCAAGUGACAGACGUACAUCCAUGUGAAAGUCGAGCUUGAUAAGUGUAACUUACCUUAUUGUCAUUAAGUUUGUCUUCUAGUCCUACCAGGAAUAAUGUAGAUCCCUGUACGGCGAUCUGAAAUGUAGCCUCUAUUUUAUGUUACAGGGCAAAUUUUCAAUCUAACCAAAACACAGGUGAAAUCAGUUCAGUUCAGAUGGAUAGUCUGAAGUCUGAUAAGCUCCUUUUGUAUGCAAUUCAAGUGUCCAAUCAAAAGAGAGAUCAUGUCAAUGUUUCAGUCUGUGGUUGGACAGAGGAGCUGUCACUCAGAGGUUCAAGCCAGUAGAAACUCUUCUCAGAAACCUUGAGAAGGUAAUAAACAGAAAGUGACCUUCAGGUGCCGACUAUUUGCAUUGAUACCGAGAUACAUCCUUUCUUUUUGAUUUAUAUAUUUUUUUAUCCAAUACGUUUUUCAUUACCAUUUUUUUAAAAUCUGUAGUAGUGUUAACGUAGAUCCCGGAAUCCAGCAGGUGGCCAAAUAUCUCUUUAAUGUCACUAAGUUAUUCUGUCUGCUUCACUCUUAGUGGCUAAGCUAGUAUGAACAGAGCAUGUUGAAAUCCAAGGGCAUUUUCCCACUAGUAAAGGGCUUCAGGUCAGAGUUACUCAGCUUUAGAUGCUUUUUCCACGAACAAUAUGCAAAACUAAACAAUCUCAGUAUAUCUUUUUUAAUGGCUCGCAAAAAGAAACAUGAUGCCUGAAUCACUUUGCAUCCCAUGUGGUCAUUUUAAAUGUGAAUGUGUCUCUCUUGGGGGUUAUUGCAGUGUUCCCAACAGACCUCUGAAAUCCUGAAGCUUCAAUCAGAUCAGAUGGUCUGGCGCUUUCGCCUUUCAGAUAAUGUCCACAGAAUGAGAGGUACCAUCAUCUAGGAAUGUCUGCAUUGCCUGGCUCGACUGAAUGAACGAAACCUUUUUCAAUAAGACUGUUUAAAACUUUGUUAGUUUGAUUUUGA